UCUGGAUAGCGGAUUCAGCACCAUGGACCGUUCACCCAGCGGUUGGCUAACCACACAUCCACAGACAAUACCAUCUCUAGCGCUACGAUUGCAAGAGCGACAUAGCAGAAACAGCAGCCUACAGCGCGGACCAAUAGGAUGGCUGCAUAUCAGUUUCACAGCCAACCCGAAUAUCUGCAGAUGCCUGCAUCAAAGCGUCGAGAUUUAUGCUGGUUUGCUUAAGGAUAAGCCAUCUAUUUUUAGAAUCUGUAGUAUACAUUUGAUCGUUUUCUUUUAUAUGUUUACAUCUUCCUUUUAUUCUUUCUCGACUGUCCCUGCGGCGUGUUUGAGAGAGAUACCCCCCUCUGUCUGCUUCGUCGCGUGGACUGAGAUAACAGCCGUGCUAUUGAUUUUUGCUCUUCAAUGGAAUACAUUUUUAUUCUAAUAGCGAGUGUUGGCAAUACAUUUCGCAUCUGCUGUGUACCGGUAUUACCCUCUAUGAGAAAGAGAAUAUUCCAUUAUUCUUAGCUGAAGAUUGAGACACCACACAUAGACACAACAAGAACCGGUAAACGUUCAUUCGUAGAGCUUUCAGUUCCAUAGCGCCUGGUAUUGCUCCCCCCUCGAUACCCCAGGACCGUGGACAGCGCUUGUGCCAGUGGCCGCAGCUCGGUGUGAAAAACAACUAUUAGGCCUAACGGUUAAUCACAAUCAUAACAAGAUACUCAAGAAUUGACUAAAAGUAAAGAUUACAGGCCGUGAUUCUGUAUGGAUUAUACCAGAAGAGUCUACUGAUUUGAAGGUGCCAUUUCUCCUCUCAGAGAACAAGAAUCUUUGGUUCUUCCCAUUAAAAACACUUUGGUCAGAUCCCCCAGAGAAGAGAACCAACUCUCCCUCCAUAACUCUCUCCCCCAGAGGAACCAUGGGUACCGUACUGUCCCUCUCCCCCAGCUACCGGAAAGCGGCCCUGUUCGAAGAUGGCCCGGCCACUGUGGGCCACUACACGGCCGUCCAGAACAGCAAAAACUCCAAGGACACCAAGAGCCUCAAGCGCCAGUCCCUCAUCAGUGUGUUGCCAUGGAAACGCAUUGUGGCGGUAUCGGCCAAACGGAAAGGUUCCAAAAAGCUCCCACCAGACGACGGGCAGAAGGUCAGCACUGAGCACACCAUCACCAACAGCCAGAAGCUAAAGAAGUCCCAGUCCUGCGCCAACUUGUCCUCUUUCACCACGCAGGAACCCACCAUAGCUGCCACCAUCCCCACCUCCAAGACCGUCUCCAACGUUGCUGCCACCGCUAAGAAGAACCUGUUGACUGGUUCCACGGGGGGCCAGGCAACGAACGCGGGAACGCCCAAGCGGGUGAUCGUCCAGGCCUCCACCAGCGAGCUAAUGCGUAGCCUGGGUGAGUUCCUGUGCCGGCGCUGCUACCGGCUGAAGCGUCUGUCGCCUACCGACCCGGUGCUGUGGCUGCGAAGCGUGGACCGCUCCCUCCUUCUCCAGGGCUGGCAGGACCAGGGCUUCAUCACCCCAGCCAAUGUGGUCUUCCUUUACAUGCUGUGCCGCGAUGUGGUCUCCUCCGAGGUCGCCAGCGAGCGGGAGCUGCAAGCCUCUCUGCUCACCUGCCUCUACCUGUCCUACUCCUACAUGGGCAACGAGAUCUCCUACCCGCUCAAGCCCUUCCUGGUUGAGGCUGAGAAGGAGGCCUUCUGGGACCGCUGCCUGGAAAUCAUCAACCGCAUGAGUGGCAAGAUGCUGCAGAUCAACUCCGACCCACACUACUUCACCCAGGUGUUUGCCGACCUCAAAAACGAGAGCAAGAAGGAGGAAGAGAAGACAAGGUUGUUGAUAGGCCUCGGCCGAUAAGAGGAACCAUGGGAGAACGUUAAAGGGAGGAACAGGGGAGAAGUGUGAUGUGGAUAGGGUCAGGGUGGCACGCACGACUACAGAAAAAACAGGACCGUUGUCUGGUAUUCCCAUCUUGAAUUAGGAGGAAAUUGGUUUAACUGGAGGCCCAUAAUGACCAAUCAGGAGGCUCUGGUGUCAUAUAUCAUGUUAACAAUAAUUGGGCAUUAUAGUACUUACAGACAAUCACACAGAUACAAUUACUGAUAACCUUUAUGUUGAGUGAACAGUAAAACACUGCCUUCAGGACAUUUGAUAACAGAGAUGCAGCGUGGUCUAGGGCUGGACACAUAUUACAUAUUACUUCAAUAGCAGCCAAACCUGACAAGAUUACAAUGAUAGAAAAUGAUGACCCCUCAUAAACCCAAAACAGGUAAUCAAAUGUCAAUGACUUGAGUAAAAAGAAGAAUGGCUGAGUAAAAGCCAGAUACAUUUUGUGUCCAUAUUCAGAGUCAAGAGAAUCACUUUAGGAACUUCAGAAGUUGUGAGGCCUCUGCAUCCCUUUUCCCCCUCUCUAAGCUGCAUUGGCAUCCUCAAUGACCCUAAAUAUUAACACAGACAGUGGAAACACCAGAUAACUUCACUGUAGUAGUCUGCUCAUGUACUGUACAUACUUAGGGGGAAAAAUGAAUAAACUAUAAGAGAGUCAUCAAAGCAAACCAAAAGCAAAGCUAAAGAGAGGAUCCGUGUGGAUUCAACAAGGCAAUGUGGGGGAACAAGAAACAUGAGGAUUCCACUACGCAUGAGACGACGUCCCAUGUCAUCACGUGUCCACUCAGGACAUCACGUCUUCACACGUCUUGAUUUCCUAAUCUACCCCCACAACAUUGCACUUCUUCCCACAACAAGCAUGUCUGGUUUUAUUUCACCAUUUACAGAUAGGAGGGUAACGUUGCCAAACCUCAUCACCCACCAAAGUCCGGAUUUGUGUUUUGAUAUGGAGAGGAGGCUAGUCCUCGUCAAAGAAAGUGAUAUGGAAUGCCAGUGGAACAUACUGCUGAGUUGAUUGACUUCCAUUGCACUGAAACAACACUAGUCGAGAACUACAUGAGACUAUUAUUGUGGCACUUCAUAUGAUGUGUCCACCUCCUUGGUUUCCAUUGAGGACAGAACAAAAUGGAUUCUCCAUUCAGUCAUCUCCCUUAAAGAGACUCUUUCCUCCCCACUGAUGGUUAUUUAUGUAACGACUUGUGUUGACAUGCAUGUGUGCUUCUAUGGGUUCCUAGCAUGCUGCUUUGUGUUCGCACACCACGACAAAGUCCUAAAUGGCGCCUUAUAUCCUAUGUAGUGCACUACAUAGGGAAUAGGAUGCCAUUUUAGACAUACACCACAUGAUUUUAGACAGAUCCAAUGCUGCCCUUACCUUAAAUAAUUUUGAAAUCAUGAUUACUGAUUAAGUCUUCGUUUUGAUGAAACCCACCUCCUGCAAGGUUGUGCCAUAUCGUGCUGAAAAUUAUGAUUUAUUAAAACAACAAGGCAAGUCUUGGAUCAUCAUGCAGAACAAGAAAGACUUCUUCAUGCAAUCGUCCUAUACAUUUCAUUAGUUAUUAUUAUAUUAUUGUGUAUGUAUGUUGGAGAUGACAGAGCCAGUGACUUGUGUUCUACCAAUGACUUGUGUUCUACCAAUGGCAACAUGUAACAAGAGAAAUAUGAAUUAUCUGUCCAUUUCAGAAUCUCCACUGACUUGGCUACGUAGCGCUCAAUUGAAACUGUCAUUGCUAUUAUCAACAGUCUCAAACCUCAUGAAAAAUAUGCACAUGAAAAUUAGAUGGCAGAGCCUGCAUACACGUUCUUCCUAUAUGAUGUGUUUGGGAUGGAUUGAACAGUAGAUAGCUGAUGUAUAACUUUCAGAUAAAAUUGGAAUUAGAAUUAUCAAGACAUUUUCUUUGCUGUUGUGUGGUUUGGGUUCAGUGCUUAUUCUCAUACAAUACAGUCAUUUACACUUCCAUGUGCUUGAAAUAGUUACUGAAAAUAAAAUAAAAAAAUUCACUGAGGGUUUGCUGCUUCUAAAUUGAUGCUAGUAAAUGAACAUUUGAAUAUUGCUCUCUUUUCAUUGCUAUUAAUGUUUAUAGCUCCAACCACAUUUGAAUGUGUGUAAUUAUUAUCUUUACAAUUUCAGAUAGUUACAGUAAAUGGUAAAAUAUUGACAUCUGGAUAUUUUGCGAACUCUAUCUAUAGGCCUUCUAUGAAAAUGCACAUGUGUAAACUGGCCAAUAAUACUGAUGAGUAGAAAUGUAGUGGAUAUGACAAGCAGUGAAACUUCUAUACUUGGACUUAUAUAUUGUGUAAAGCAACAAAGAUAGUGACUGCCAGGUGUUUCCACCAUUUUGUUUUCACUUAUUCAGUCCAUUCAACUCAGCAAGCAACUCAGCAAGCAAAGAACAGAGGGAAGGAAACAAAUGUUUGGAAUGGAUCCCCCAGACAGUUUGGAAUGGAACACCCAGCCUGUUUGGAAUGGAACACAGCCUGGGACUCUAUGAAACUUUAUGGAGAGGGGUGAAAUUCACCUUGCAUCCUCUUCUCUUUGACUAAGUCAUAACUAUGUGCCAUGUUUUCACUUGCAACACAAACAAGACAACACGUUUGUAAAAUACAAAGUUAAUGGGGUUAUUAAAUGUUUUCCCCUUUUCAUUUGUGAAUCAUAUGGUGUGCAACUUUGUUGAACAAAUCAUGUCAAAAUAGUGUUAUUAGAGUGAAGAUGGGGAAAUCUGUGACUAAUGUAUGUGGAUGUGUGACUAUGUAAGUGAGUGAGAAGAAUUUGAUCAACUGUUACAUUUACUUUAUAUAAAAAAUACAUUUGCAAGUCUUUAUUAAA